GGAGCUCCCCCGCCGCCCCGCCCGCGGCGCCGAGCCGCGCCCACCCGCCUGGGAACCAGAGUAGCUGCUGCUGGAGUGGAGCCCAAGCCCGCCGCCGGACGCUAUGGGCGACCCCACAGGCUGGCCCAGUCUGUAGAAUGGUAGCACACAGUAAGGUGGCAGCCGACAAUGCAGUUACAGCAGACACAAGAAGAAGAUUCGACCAUUCUCCUCCUUCUCCUCGGUCCCACCGGGCUGGCCGGGAACAUCCCAGCCCACAGCCCAGACCCCAACACGGCCUGGCUCCUCAGCAUGGUGCGGUGGCCCUGGCGGCGACGACCCAGGGACAGGGGGACACCCACUUCCGAACCUUCCGCUCUCAGGCUGACUACUUCAGCAUCACUCGAGCCAGCGCCCUGCUGGAUGCCUGUGGCUUCUAUUGGGGGCCUCUGAGUGUGAACGUGGCCCAUGAGAAACUCAAGGGCGAGCCGGUGGGGACCUUUCUGGUCCGGGAUAGCCGGCAGAAGAACUGUUUUUUUGCCAUCAGUGUUAAGAUGGCUUCAGGGCCCACCAGCAUCCGGGUCAACUUUCAGGCUGGUCGAUUCAACCUGGAUGGCAGCCGGGAGACCUUCGACUGCCUCUUCAAGCUGCUGGAACAUUACCUGAACUCUCCCCGAAAAAUGUUGGUCACUCCCCUGCGACAACUAAGGGUACGACCCCUGCAGGAGCUGUGUCGAAAGAGCAUUGUAGCCACCUUCGGAAGGGACAACUUGGGCAAGAUCCCCCUAAAUCCUGUCCUUAAGGACUACCUGAAGUCUUUUCCUUUCCAGAUAUGAAAAGAUGGAAGAAUGUGGUGGCAGCAUUAACUAUGGUUUUUUUGGGGGGGUGGGUAAUUGGUUUUGUUUUUUCUUGGGUAGGGGGUAUAGCAGUAAGAGGGAGUUGAUGCUGAUUGCUUGUGGAAGAAAGCAAAGCCCCCUCCCCAGGAAGGAAUGUCCUUGGGUGGAGUUGUCCCACCUGGGUGCUUCUUCCCUCCUGCCUCAGAGGUAAUCGAGGCCCAUUUUUUUUUUUUUAUUAUUUUAAUGUAUUUGGGAUAGGGACCUGUACACUUGCCUCCCUUCCCUCCUCAUGUUUACAAACAUCAAAUAUCUUUGCACAAACCAGGGGUUUGGGGUCUCUGGCUUAAUUUUUCUGCUAUGCAGAAACUUUAUUAUUUUAUAUUUUUAAAAGAGAAUAAUGUAAUAAACUUUAUUAUAAAAGUUUUUU